GUUUCGAGACUGUUUACUUUGGUGAGCCGGCUGUGAUCAAGGAUGCAUGGGUGGAUGACUCUCGGAGUAAGCUUGAACACGAGAUUCUUGAUAAAGUGAAGGAUGUUGAAGGGGUAGUGAAAGUGGUCGACUACGAGAUUGUGCAGGUACCGGAUGAGGAUGACGUAUUGGUGAAUGACACGACGUCGGAGUGUCGAAAAACAUUGAUGAAGGACAACCUCUGGACAACAAAUGCGAAAUGGUCGGGAUUCCACUUGGUUGAGACUCGGACCCAUCGGCGGAUUAUGUUACAACCAUGUGGUGCACCGCUUGAAGGGUUUGCGAACCUUAGUGAACUGCUGCUCGCAAUCAAAGAUAUUGUUAAAUGUGUCCAGGACCUACUUGAAAAGAAGGUGCUGCAUCGGGACAUUAGUUUGCGGAACAUCAUUCUUGCAAAGGCCAAUCCAAAAGAUGCAAAUUCACGGAUGCGUGCUUACCUUAUUGAUUUUGACUACGCUUUGGAUUUGGAAAAUCAAUCGCAAGCCGCGGCCAAGGGUGCUCGCACAGGUACUUUGCCGUUCAUGGCUCUUGAGAUGUUAGCGGAAGAGACAUCGAACCGUGUUAAGCAUGCAUAUUAUCACGACCUUGAGUCAAUAUUCUAUGUUCUAUGCUGGCUUUGUACGUCUCAGGAAGGCCCGAACAAUACGGAACGUGAUCACCGAACGUUCGACUUCAACAAGUCUGAAGUUGCAAAAUGGACUGGGGCGGGUAUGGAUAAUCCGACAUUCGACGCCAUCAAAACGCGCAAAUCAGCGAUCGUAUGUAAUGAUACGGAGUUUACUGAGAAAAUUCUUAGCGACUUCGCACCGUAUUUCGACUCCAUUAAGCGAUGCGUACUCAAAUUGCGGGAUAUGAUGAUCAACAAAGGUUCAAAUCCGUAUAACCCACUUGUUCAGGAAAGGGUGGACGAGGCACAGAAACUGGCAGAGAAACUAAAUAAGAUAGGGGAGCCUGUUCCUUACCUAGUGCUGAAGGAGAUUCCUAAUUCCGAACGCGAACCCUGCGACGUAUUUGAAUCGCUUUACAAUAUCAUUGAUGAGGCUAUUGCUACUCUGAUCGAGCCGCCAUUGCCGCCAGCUUGCACCCCAGAAGCAAAGGCCAGAGCAAAGGCAGAGGAAGAGGCAAGGAAGGAAGCCAAGCGGAUGAAGUUCAGGAAUUACUUGUCGAUUCGUGAGAUGCAGGAGGAGAGGGAAACCAAUCUGAGGGUCAAGGAGAGCGAAGUUGUAGACGAGGACGAGGAGACGGAAGAGGGGAGAGACGAUCCGUCCGAGAAACCUGGAUCUCAGUUGCUGACACGUGCGACGUCUAGUUACCAUUCUCUUCUGAAGCAGGCCACAACGACUUUGAUGAAUGCACGGAACACCUCAAGCUCAGUGCCAGGUCUGACUCACUCAGGUCCCUCGGACUCGGCGUCCGGUACCAAUCCCAGGUCCAUUCCGUCAUCAUCGUCGUCUCCGAAACCAGACCCGCGGGUUGGCCCACCAUCUUCAAUGGAAUCUAUCGGAUCCAAGCGCCCUUUCGAUGAUAACAAUCAGAAAUCCGCGCAUGGGCAUGGACGCUCGACGCCCAAGAAGGCGAAGAAGGCUUCUGGAUUGGGGAAGUCACCUCAGCCAAAAGGACCAUGCAUCCAACGUCCAUCCCUUGACCGUACUAUGCCUUCGUCGGUGGAAUCGACUCGGUCAAAGCGGUCAUCGGCUGAGAGUUUUGAUGACGAUUCGGUAACGAGCGAUUCUCAGAAACGAAUACGGCUUGAGAAACUCUGAGGCUACGGUUGUCGAGUGUCGCUUAACUGCUUCUGUAUUCAUUUCCAAGUUUUGUUCUGCCACUUUUGUUUACCUGCUUUGCUUGACCUGCUUUACUUUUGGGUCGGACCUUACUUCAUUCACAAUUGCAUCAUUAUAUUCCUGCCUACAGUUGGAUCUACGUUUUCUUCACUUUUGCAUUGCUUUUAGUAGUUAUAUCAUUUUAUUUGUUGCUUG